CGUUAAACCAGCCAAGCAGCCAUAUCAGCAAUAAUGUAGCUUUAUUCGCCCGAGGAGCUACAGGGUUUGAACUUCAAGACAAAGCGAAACAACAACUAAAGGAUGACUGCGUUUAAACUAUCCCGAUAUACUUACAAUGUCGUGUCUCUCUCAGUUAACGGCAAAAUUUUGGCCAGGCAGCAGCACACCAGCUGGAGUUCAGACCACCACUAUGGCACGUUGUAUCCAGGUCACAUCCAAACCAGCCCUCUUCAAAAAGCUCUGCUGGCUGUGGGAUCUGGAGUAGCUGCUCUGCAGAAUCCCUACAGACACGAUAUGGUGGCAGUGCUUGGGGAGACAACCGGGCACCUGGCCCUGAUCAAACUAAGGAACAGGUUGAGGAAUGACCCUGAAGGUUACACCAUUCUCAAAGAACGUCCAAGGAUCCGCCUGUCUACACUGGACAUUUCCAGUAUGUCCACUCUUCCAGAUGGUUCUCUAGGAAGAGAAUAUCUCAGAUUCCUGGAUGAGAAUAAAGUCACGCCUGACACACGCGCUGAUGUGAAGUUUGUUGAUGAUGAAGAACUAGCAUAUGUGAUGCAGCGAUACAGAGAGGUGCAUGAUCUACUACAUACAUUGCUAGGCAUGCCAACCAAUAUGCUUGGUGAAGUUGCAGUUAAGUGGUUUGAGGCUGCUCAGACAGGUCUUCCCAUGUGCAUUCUGGGAGCAGCCCUGGGUCCACUUCGUCUGUCCACCAGACGUCUUCAAAAGCUCAUGGGGUCUUUUGGGCCAUGGGCUCUGCGCAGUGGCAGCCGUGCACGUUGUGUACUGAGUGUUUUUUACGAGCGCCGCUGGGAGCAGAACCUGGAAGAACUCAGAGAGGAGCUCAACAUAGAGCCGCCGCCCAUCACCCUGUCUGCGAACAGCAAGAAAGUGUCCUAGCACACUUAUUUCCCCUUUUAGCUAAUAAUGCUUUUCCUCUGGACAGUGUGGUACAGCAUGGUUCGUUUACAAAUUUCCAUUGUUUUUCCAUGGAAUUCUAUUUCCAUUGUCAUGUGACCCGUAACGUGCAGCAGAGUGCAUGUACAAAUCCGAACCCAGAUCUAUCCAUACCCUGGUCAAGUGUCUGUUUCCCAUCUCACAACAGCACUGUGAAAGUGCUUCAGGUUCUGAUUUACAUUUUACUGAGCAUUUAGUUUUAUGUGAAAAGUCACAAACAGCAGUUUUAGCUAGCUUUUUUUUAUGCAGUUGUCUAACUCACAUGACAACACACGGUGACAGCUGCAUUUAACCAAUCAGAAGUCUGUGUCAUUUUUAGCUUCAACGGUGCAUUCCAGCUCAGAACCCUUGUUACCCCAGUGAGAAGGGCAACUAAAUUCAGCACGGGUACUCAGGAACAGUAUGGGUCACUUGGCAAUGGAAAGUGAUGAGAACAUGCGUGAUCAUGUGUACCGUACAGUACCACCCUGGUGGGAAAACAACAUGGUGAAUUUGGUUAUCCUUCUUGCCAAGGUAAAAUUGGACAGGGCCUUGAAUAUUCUAGAAUGGAAUACAGACACAAUGCAGCGACUGACUAUUAGACAAGCUGCCUCAAGUCUAGAGGAUUUUGCUUUCAUUGGAUUCAUUUACUCCUCUAUAUUUCAAGCUUUUAAGAAACAUUGUAUCAGCCCUAAAUAAUUAUUAAGUGUCAUAUGCAGAUGCAUACUGCCCAAAUGCUUCCUUCUGCUGGUUCCAGCCUUCUGCUUUAUGUUUAUGGAAUGAUGAUGAAUGAAAUGUUGGUUUUCUUUGCUUAACCUGAUCUCGAGUCAUACGGUCAUACGAUCUCACAUGAUCAACUGUUAUGCUCAGACUGAAUUCAUGCAACGUGUGGUCACAGAACCAAAAACACAAGACCAAGGAGAAGCCCCAGUAUUAUCUGCUGCAUUAACACUGACCAAAAAGCAUUCUGGGAAAACAAGAUGAGUAUUAAUUGAUUUAGCACUAGUUCUCCAGUUUUGACAAGUUUUUGGUAAACAUCAUGGUUCAAAUGAAAAGGUGUUCAUAGUAAUUGUUAUCCAUUUUGAAGGGAUGUGAAUAUUUUUAAACAGUUAUCUAGGAAAUACCUUGGGAAAUACCAAGGAAAGACUGAUAAAGCCUCAAACUUUAACUGUCAGCACAUCUUUGUGGCACACCGAUACAAAAAUAAAGUGGUAUUUUCUUUGUCAUAA